UACUCUUAUUUAUUAAAAUUUCCUAAUCUACCCCAAUCCCUAAACUAAACGACACUCGCCCCACCCCUCACACACAACACUCACACAGUCACACUCAACACAAGAACACACACACGCAGAAACACAAAAAAGAAAAGAAGGAAAGAAAGAAAAAGAAAAGGGAACGAGGAAGGGAGCUCGAGGAAGGAGAGGAAGAGAAGGGGGAGCUGUCCGCGCCACCACCCAGCUCGCCGUCGCCGCCGGUCCACCUUGGAGCAGCCGUCGAAGCAGAACCGUGAGGAGUGAGGGAGACCGCGUCGGUUCACCACGGAGCCAGCACCGCCGUUGUCCUCAUCGCGGACCUCCACCGUCGCGUGUUGCCGGGAAAGAGAGGGACGCGCAACAUUCAAGAGGGAAGAGCUGGAGGAGGGAAAGAACGACGCUGUUUUUCCGUUCCCCGUCGCGGCUGAAGCUCGCCGCCGCUGUGGCUACCCGUGCCGCCGUCUGAGUCGCGUGGAAGGAGGAAGAGUUGGGUUUCGCCCUGCCUUGCCUCUGCCGUUGGAUCCUCUGUCUUGGAGCCAGUCAUCAGAUGACAGUUUGUGUAAGUCUUCUUCACCAUUAUGUGCUAACGGUAAAGGACAGCAUCAGGAGUAUGAAGGAGCUUUUCAACCUAUGGUGAAAAAUACUGCUGAAUGCAGCCUCUUGCUUCUCAUGCUAAGUGAAGUCGAGAUGACGAAUCCAAGUUUCGUUCAUUGAUGGAUUCUGGCAAACGAGUCAGAUUUCUUGAGGAUUCACCAUCACUGAACUUGACUAAGAAGGAAGCAGAAGUGGCUAGCAGGUUUGAGUGGCUUGAUCCUUCUCGAAUCAGGGAUGCAAGUGGAAGAAGGCCCAAUGAUCCUUUGUACGAAGGACAACACUUUAUAUACCUCCGGAUGCUUCGAAAAAGAUGUCAGCUUCACAGAAACAGUAUUGGAGUGUCAAGUGUAAAUACAUGGAUGUUCUGCUAUUUUUUAAAGUGGUUAGUCCAUGAAGUAUUUUGACUAUUGAUGUCGUAAUACCAUUUAAUUCUGAGGAUUUACUGUGUAUUCAUUAACUUCAAUUAAUAGUAGUCUGCCAUAAUUAAUGGCAAUCACAGUGGGAGUUUUAUGAGCUCUAUGAAAUGGAUGCUGAAAUUGGCCAUAAGGAGCUUGAUUGGAAAAUAACAUUAAGUGGUGUGGGAAAAUGUCGACAGAUCAACUCUUUUGUCGUGUAUAGUCGUUUGGUUAUUACUUUCCUACUUGUUUACCUCUUAAAGAUUAAAGAGAGUUGUUAUUACUUGCUACUUCAGGUUGGUAUAUCUGAAAGUGGGAUUGAUGAUGCUGUUCAAAACUUGGUUGCUCGGGGAUACAAGGUUGGAAGGGUGGAGCAGUUGGAGACAUCCGAAGAAGCAAAGGCUAGAGGAGCCAACUCUGUUAUUCAAAGAAAAUUAGUUCAGGUCAUCACUCCAUCAACCACUGUGGAGGGUAAUAUUGGGGCUGAUGCCAACCAUCUGCUUGCAAUAAAAGAGGGUAGCACCAUCUUGGAUGAUGGUUCAGUUGUGUAUGGAUUUGCUUUUGUUGAUUGUGCUCGGCUUCGAUUUUGGGUUGGCUCCAUUGAUGGUGAUGCAUCAUGUUCUGCUCUGGGAGCUUUAUUGAUGCAAGCAUGUUUUGGGACAUCUUAAUUACCUAUUUUUCAUUUUUAUAAUUAGGGUAUAGGUUUCAUGAAUUGUAACUCAUUUGUAAAACUUUUAGCUAAUUUAAUUUUGGGCAUUGGUGUUUAGGCGUCGCCUAAGGAAGUAUAUAUGAUAUGAAAGUAGAGGUGAACAACAAUCUAUUCUCAAAUACAUGUCAAAUCUAAAGGUCCAUUAUUUCAUGUUAAAAUAUAAUGUUUUUUCAGGGCUGUCCAAAGGAGCUCAGAAAGCGCUUAGAAAAUUCUCAUUACAUGGUGAGAUGUGAUCUUCUGUUGCUUGUGUGGGGAUAUAUUCAUGGGAUUUUAUAUGGGUGUUUCUUCGGCUUGGGAGCUACACAUCUAUUACAGCAAUACUUGAAAUUGAUUUCGCACGGUUUUGUAUAGUAAUAAACAUCUUGUGGUUGGAAAA